AUGCUACCAUCACUAGGACUCUUCAAGUCAAUUCCAUGUCCACUAUACCCAAACUGCUCUCGAAAUCCUUGCUUUUACUCUCAUCAAAAUCAAAGAGCAGAUGAUGGUCGUCCAUCAGAGCAGAUCAAACGACAAAAACUGGCACCAGAACCAACAAAAAAAGCGCCAUCUCCUGCUUCAUCUUUAAACAGUAACAUUAAAGUAGCUCCUAUUGUCACUAAAGUGUCAAAGGCAGUUCCUAAAGCAGGAUCCGUCACAUCCAUUGUAAAGAAGAGUGAAUCAGCUUCAUCCAUGGUGAAUCGACCUUCAAAGCCCUUGCCUCCAAGUACGAAAUCAGUGGCGCCUAUAAGUGCACUUGAGGCUAGGAAACGGACAGCACAUACAGCCACAUUCAAAGCAAAACCAACAGGACCACCCACUGUGAUCCCUACUAUUAAGUCAAGCAUUCCACUCAAAGUGAGACAGCUGAUUGCAACAAAACUAUACGAAGCAUUUGCUAGAAUAUACGCUCCCAUCUUGACGGAACGCCCAACAAUAGCAACGGAGCAUGCAACAUGUCAGGAAGAAAAGAUACUGUCGAGCACAUCCAAUCUAGCAGGAUACAAGCAAUCAGCAGCCAAUGUACUGAUGAACCUGAAAAAGCGGCCUCUCAGCACAGACAUUUCAGACGUGGGCGUGGAUGGCGAUUGGGUGGAUCCCAAAGAAGCGGCUGCAUCCAAGAUGGCUUGGAUCGAGAGAAUCAAUGAAUGCGUGGUUGAUAUGGACAUGCUGAAGGACUUGAAAUACCCGCUGCCUGAUUUAUUGGAAGAGACGAAUGCAGCGGCAGUCGAUGCAGUAGGCACCAUCCAUGAAUGCGACCGCUGUCGACAAGACUACCUGAUCAAAGCUGUUUUGGACAAGGAUGACAUGGAUGCUUGUGUCUAUCACCCCAACAGAAUACGAAUGAUGAAGGUAGAUGGCUUGAAGGAAAAGGUCUAUGCGUGCUGUGAAGAUCCCUUGGGCAGUAUAGGAUGCACACGAGGCCCACAUGUAUACAAAGACGAAGAUACAGCUGUAUUGCAUCAAAAGAUUCCUUAUAUCAGGGCACCGCCUCCCACCAGCGCCAACAAGAAGCAGAGACUUGUUGCAUUGGAUUGUGAGAUGGGAUACACAACUGCAGGCAUGGAGCUGAUUCGACUCACUGCUGUGGAUGAGGACAUGAAGGUCUUGGUGGAUGAACUGGUGCUACCAUACAAUAUGAUUGUCGAUCUGAACUCCCAUUACAGUGGUAUCACAACAUUGAAGGGCGUCAAAUUUGAUUUGGAUGGGCUUAGAAAGGAGCUCUUUAAGCAUAUAGAUCAAGAUACCAUCCUUGUGGGUCAUGGCCUGGAGAACGACUUGAACGCACUGCGCAUUGUGCACACCAAUGUCAUUGAUACUGUAGCACUCUUUCCGCACAAAAACGGCUUGCCCUACAGAAACAGUUUACGAGGAUUAACGGCGGCCCAUUUAAAGAAAUUCAUUCAAACGGGAACUGAAGGGCACGAUUCUUUGGAGGAUGCCAGUGUCUGUAUCGAACUAUUAGAACACUACAUCAAGAAGGUGUUGGAUAAAAGAAUCAAGAAAUAA